UUCGACAGCCAUCGAUACUUCGGGAAAAUGUUACUCAAAGUCAUAACAGUGAUAUCACUUCUAAAAGUGUGCACCGGAGAUGUCCCAGAGCAUCAUCAACCACAAUCGAACCAAGCGAUCUCAUCUCAGAGUUUCGUGCGGCAUGAUGUACCGUUAUCCUACAAGUUUAGUUCGGUUCAUAUCUAUACUUCACCAAAGCCAGAUCAAUACAGACACAAGCCAGUCGUCCCAGCACAAUUUGUGAUCAGAGAGCCACCUCAAAUACAGUACGCACCAAUUCAUAAUGGUCAGAAUCAAUACCAAUCAAUACCUAGCCCUAGCCAUAUCAAUUUAGCGCCUGAACGUAAUUUGGAACCCAAACCAUCUGAUGAUUUACCAAGUAUAAUCGGUCAGCCAGAACAUUUGUCGUAUGUGCCGGGGUAUAAUGUCGAGGUUCUUCAGUCUGUCAACAGGUAUCCUGGGCAUAAUGCUGUGUACAGGAGCUAUCCUAACAUGUCUCCUAGCGACAAGCUAAACAAGAUUAAUUUCCUAAAUCAAUAUGUUCUUUAUCAAAAGCAAAACGAGGAGUUUAUAACAUCAACUCAGGCACCAAAGCAGCAUGAAGUCACUAUCACAGCGCCGACGCCUGCGCGUCCGAAACAGACAAUAGCGUUUGUGAAAAAAGAAUACAACAAACAAAAACCACAACCGUUCCACGGCGGCAAUCCACUGAGUGUACAAGCUCUACCUCGACUGAAUGUACAAGCUAUACCUGUAUCUCAAGCAAUUAUGAGCGUGGAAGAGUAUUUGCCGCACCCCAAAGCCCACAGAAUGCUUUUGAACAUAGCGCGCACGUACAACAUUGCUCGCGGACAACUGAAGGCGCAACACGCUGGACUCACUUUCAACAACCCUACACACACCCAAGCAUUUAUUCAAAUAAAAAACCCUUUAGAAGCUGACAAAAGCACCUUGCUCUCAGUCCAGAACAAAAACUUGUAUUCGCCGGUGCAUAAAAACCCGUAAAUAGCUAUGUAAUUGUCAUAACGAAGGUUUAUUCCUUAGUGGUUAUUUAUGCAAUGAUAUACACAUCAACAUAAUGAAAUGUUAGUAGGCACAAAAUAAAACCAAUGAUUUAUGAUACACUGUUAUGAUAUUGGAAUAAACAUCCUGAAAUUGUUUGUAAAUAGGGCGUAGAGUGAAUAUUUGUAGUUAUAUUUUUGUAAAAGCUAUUAACACUUUAAAUUCUUAAAUAAAUUAUGUAAUUUAAUUUCUAUUUGUUAUCAUAUUUUUAAGUAUAAUUUAUUAGGAACUGUUAAUUUAUUACAUCUUACAAACUUU